AGAGAAGGAAGUUGGAAAAUUAAAAGUUGAAGAAGUUGGGGGAGCUAAGCAGAAGAAAAAGGAUAAAAGCAAAGGAAGAGGAGUUCCUGAGAAAGAGGAAGUAGAGCAGCAUAUAACUAUAAUGCCUAAUCCUGCCGCCAGGCGCGGAAGUAUGGCAAACUUUGCUUUUCCGGAACUCCACUCCAAGGCCAAACUGAAGAACGAGCCUGAGAACUUAUUGGUGUUAACUACAACAAGAAUUUUUGAUCAGGCAUUGAGCUACAUCUUUAUACAGAGGACGGAUACAAGAGGAAGACGACAUUCAGUAGCAGUUCCUCUGAUCCCCCCCCCUGAUGGGGAAAAAUUUGAGGGCGGGUAUCAUAUAGAGAGAAAUCCUAUAACAGGAGGGGCUAGGCUGGUUCCGCCUCCACCAGAGUUGAAGGAUAUAAAACGACGGCUUCGACGUGAACCAGUUCGAUCCUUGAGCCAGGAACCUGAUCUAUCCACUAUAUCUGAGUAUCAGGGUACACCUGUAGCCCUUUCUUCUCGUCUUAAAACCUCAAGUUCCUCGAGUCGUAGUUCGCUAUCUUCUCAUGGAAGCAAUCCUGUUCCUAGUAGUAGUAGAAGUGGAAGGAGACAUAGUAUUCAGGUAACUCCGUUAACUAAAGAACUGGAGAAAUUAAAGCUGGCGGAUAAAGCAUCUAAUGGCACUAAACCAGGAAAGAAGGUUGAGAGACGAGCUAGUAGUAGAAGAAGAAGUAGUCGUCAAGGAUUUCUUCAUUUUCUGGACCUGGCUAUUGCCAACUAAUCAGUUCUAAACUCUGAUAAUUCUUCGCUAAAACAAUAUGUAACAGACUACACAGAUAGAACAAUAUGUGCAGGGAUUAAGUUUUUAUAUUCUUACACGAUAACUUUGACCACAGUUUACCAUUCUUUAGUACAGAGUUACCCACAAAGGAUGAGACUUUAAAGACGAUUGUACGAAAAUUUGUCUGUUCAAUAUAUACUCAUAACUCCAUACAACUAUAAACUUUUUUUUUAAUUUUCCAAAUCAUUAGACAAACCAUAUAAAACUUAAAUUCAAGGCGGACGACUAAUUAAAAAUUAGAGAUCGUCCAAUUUAUGGAGUUUAAUGUCAUCUUUACAGUCUCAUUCUUAGUGGUUAACCCUGUAUGUGAAGUUAAAGGAACUAAACAUUUGAUUUAAACUUGU